GAUCAUUUGGAAAGGAAGCUAUUAAGGAUCGUAUAAACUUUUUUGAUGGCAAUGAGUUUAGUUGCCAAGAAAAGAUUUCCGGUAGUGCAUACAGUUCUAUAUACAAAUCAGAAUGGUCAGGAAUAACAGUUGUUCUUAAAAGAAUCAGCGCUAAUAUAAAUCCAAAAGAG